AGCAAAGACACAACUGAUUUAUCUUCCUUUUUUCUCUACUCAGUUUGGGCUUUCUCAACUCACCGGCAAGGUUGAGAGGAAUCAAUCUCACCAUCUCGGCGUGUAGGCUAGAUCCGCCGGUUGCCCAAGGUGGUGCCGGCCUCGACAUCUCAAUUUGCGGGUACUUAGUACGUACGUACCCGAGGCUCAACUCGGUCGGUAGCGUCGGUGAAAGUUACAUCGUCAUAUCCCAAACACCACAUAUGUCUCUCAGUACACUGACAAGAGCGCCGCUGAGCUGCGUCUCGCGGACCCGUGCUACUUGCAUCAUGCCAUUGCGUGCAAACAUCACAAAUCCCGCCUGGAGGAGCGGGUCAAGACUGUAUGCCACGCCGACAGCAGACCUCCUGAAGGCAGAAAAGGAAGACGACCCCGACGAUGUCAUUUUCACCAACAACUAUGGCGUGCGCAGCAUCGAACUCAAUCGGCCUAAGAAGCUCAACUCGCUCAAUGGCUCCAUGGUGCGCAAGAUCAUUCCGAGGAUGCAAGAGUGGGAAAAGUCGGAACUAGCGGGUGUCGUUGUGAUCAAAGGCAGCGGUCGCGCAUUCUGUGCCGGCGGCGAUGUCGCGGCAUUGGCAGCGUGGAACCAGCAGGGACCAAAGGGACAGCAGAGGAGCGCAGACUACUUCGGCCUGGAAUACAAGCUGGAUCACCUGAUUGCUACCUACACCAAGCCGUAUGUCGCCUUCAUGGAUGGCAUCACCAUGGGUGGGGGCGUCGGACUGUCGAUGCACGCGCCUUUCCGCAUCGCGACUGAAAACACCGUCUUCGCCAUGCCAGAGACCACCAUUGGUUUCUUUCCAGACGUUGGUGCCUCCUUCUUCCUGCCACGCUUGGAAGGUGCGCUCGGUACCUACCUGGCCCUUACAUCGGAGCAGCUCAAGGGUGUGGAUGCCUUCCACCACGGCGUCGCAACCCAUUAUAUCCACUCCUCCACUCUGCAGCAGCUCGAGGCACGUCUCGCCGAACUCCAGUUCCCCGACUACAUGAGGCUCCACGAGCGCUUUAAAAUCAUCAAUGCUACCAUUGAGGAGUUCAGCACCGGCCUACCUACGGAGCGACCACAUAUCUCUGGUGAACUGCGCAGGACAAUCGACAGUGUCUUCCACGUUGACCAGCCGGGAAUCAUGGACAUCAUGGCAUCUCUUGAGAAAGUCAAGAAAACGCAUGCAAACCCCGAAAUCCAAACGUGGGCUGACAAGACCAUUCAAACCAUCAACAGUCGCUCUCCUAUCUCUGUUGCUGUGGCUCUCAGGCAGAUGCAGAUCGGCCGCCAAUGGUCUAUCGCGCAAGCAUUCCAGAGAGAGUACUCUAUUGCUUCCAAGUUCAUGGCUCACCCCGAUUUCGUCGAAGGUGUGACAGCGCGCCUUGUCGAGCGCAAGAAGGAGCGACCCAACUGGAAGCCUAACACCCUUGAUGAGGUCAAAAAGAGUCAGGUCGAUACGUUCUUUGAAUUUGGUAGGGAGCCGCCACUUCCGCUUAUUAGCCAAGCAGACUACACGGAAUACCCACAUGCAUGGAUUGGGCUACCAAGAGAGGAUGAGAUUCUUAGGGAAGCAGCAGGCAAAAAGACCGAGGACGUUGUCGUCAAGUUGCUAGAAAAGUACGAGGGCAAGCAAGGUGUCAGGGAGAAAAUUGCCGAGGUUCUUGACAGAUUUCAAAAGUAGAAAGGUAUCCACCUUGACCAAACCCAUUGAUCGGUUGUUUGAGUCCAACUGCUCGUAUCAAAAACCCAUACGUGCUGAAUUUACUCAGCCUUGAUUAUUCACCAAAUUUCUGGUUUCUGUUGUUUCU